AUGGCGGACCAGGGUCAGCAAGGUCUGCAGGACCAAUUGUUUGUCUUAGUAACAGGUGCCAACAGUGGCCUUGGAUUCACUAUCUGUUGCCGACUAGCAGACGAAUUUCUCAGUUCUCGCUCAUCCCACCAAGCCCUCACGAUUAUCUUCACAACGCGAAGCACAAGAAAGGGAACGGACACCCUGAAUCGUCUACAAGAAUAUCUCCGUAACUCCAAGCCCGAUCCUUCGCAAUCCAACCGCGUCACCUUCGUCCCCGAGAAUGUCGACCUGUGCAACCUCGUCUCCGUUCGCACCCUCUCCCGCCGCCUCCUAAAGACCUUCCCAAAACUCGACUCCAUCGUCCUCAAUGCCGGACUCGGAGGUUGGACGGGGAUUGACUGGCCAAGGGCGAUUCUUGGGGUCCUCACCGAUCUGGUUCAUGAGGUUUCGUGGCCGUCAUAUAAGGUUGCACCGGCGGGUGUGAUUACGGAGAAGCAGAUUGCGAGUACAGGCACGGAUGAGAAAAAUGAUGAAGAACCCCGAUUAGGGGCUGUUUUCUGUGCCAAUGUGUUUGGCCACUAUAUGCUGGCGCAUAAUGUGAUGCUUCUGUUGAAGCGAGCAGGAACAAAGAACCCGAAUAAUGGACCGGGUCGAGUCAUUUGGGUAUCCAGUUUGGAGGCUACGAUUAACUAUUUCAGUACCGAUGACAUUCAAGGCCUGCGCACCACGACCGCUUACGAAUCCUCAAAAGCCCUGACCGAUAUCCUUGCCUUGACCUCCAAUCUCCCCAGUACAACUCCGUGGGUGAACAGCUUCUAUUCCUCUGGCGAGUCGACCCCCGAAGAUAGUAAACCAAACAUGUACCUCUCCCACCCUGGCAUCUGCGGAACCGGCAUCCUUCCCCUCAACCUCCCUCUCUUCUACUGCAUGAUCGCCGCCUUCUGGCUCGCCCGUCUUCUUGGUUCCCCCUGGCACACCCUUUCCACCUAUCUCGGCGCCUGCGCCCCCGUCUGGCUCUCCAUAUCCACACAAUCCACCCUUGACGAUACGGAAGCACCCUACCUGGCUCACGGUGGCGGACGCGCAAAAUGGGGUUCCAGUUGUGAUCUCGUCGGUCGUGACCAGCCGGCUUCCACGGAGGUCGAUGGAUGGGGUCAUGGUGGUGUUGUUGGGGAUGCAGUCGUGCAGGCGGAUCGGGAGAGAAGGAGGAAGAGGGGUGCGGUAGAUUUGACCGGUGAUGAUAGGGAACGGUUUGAGGAAUUGGGGAGGGAGUGUUGGAGGCAGAUGGAGGAGUUGAGGGUUACAUGGGAUCGGUUAUUGGAUAAGGCUGGUGUUUAA